AUGCAGUCCUAUCUUCAAUAUCGUCGCAUCGGCCAGGCCGUGCGCAAGCAGCUUGCUGACCAUCCAGAAUGGGGCCAAAGCGUACAAGGCGAAAGCAAAGAUGCCAGCGGUAACACCAGCGAAAAUGACGAGACGGUCUGGGAGAAGAGACCUGAAUCGCGACCACUGGCGCUACCCCCAGGCGUACAGCGCAGAGACAUCACAGCCUGCAGUAGUGGGACGCCCUCGUCAGUCUUCCUUGUAGGCUGGGAGCAGGACCAGGAUCCCAUGAAUCCGCGCAACUAUAGCAUGACAACACGAAUCACGGCCACCCUGAUCGUUUCCGCCCUCGCCUUCGCGGUCGGUGCCGCAUCAUCAAUCGAAUCCGCCGUGAUACCCCAAAACGCCGCUGCCUUCAACGUCAGCGAGGUCGUCGCCUCCCUCGCAACAGGAAUCUACCUCCUCGGCUUCGCCGCCGGCUCCCUCGUCUCAGGACCCUUAUCCGAAAUCCUCGGCCGCAACGCCGUCUACAUCGGUUCCCUCACCCUCUUCAUGAUCUUCAUCAUGGCCAGCGGCCUCGCACCCAACAUCGGCGCCCAGCUCGCCUUCCGCUUCCUCGCCGGCGUCUUCGGCUGCCCACCUCUCACCUGCGCCGGCGGCACAAUCGCCGACCUCUGGAACCCGCUCGAAAAAACCCUCACCUUCCCCCUCUAUGCGAUCACCUCCUUUGGCGGUCCCGUCUUCGGCCCCGUCAUCGCCUCCUACAUGGGCCAAGGCACGCUCUCCUGGCGCUGGACAAACUGGAUUAUGCUGAUAAUGUCCGGUCUGGUAAUGGGCCUAAUCCUCCUCUUCCAACCAGAGACCUACGGACCCCUCCUCUUAAAAUGGAAAGCCGCCCACCUGCGCCAGGUCACCGGAGACAAACGGUAUCGGUCCGCAAUGGACGUACAGAAGAUCGCCCUCUUCGAACGGAUUCUCGGGGCUUGCAAACGCCAGUUCUCACUUACGGUUCACGAACCAAUUAUCCUGCUCAUUUCGUUGUACAUGACGGUUAUUUAUAUCGUGUUGUUUACGUUCUUUGACGGCUAUCCGUUUAUCUUCCAGGAUGUCCAUGGUCUUAGUCAGGGUCUGACCAAUAUUGUCUGGGUCGCUAUGUAUGUUGGUAUUGCGGCGGCCGGGUUGUGGGUUCCUGUUGUUUAUAUUUGGACUAAGAGGGAGUUUGAGGCUGCUUCUUCUUCUUCUACUACUACUACAUCUACUACCUCGGGUUCGGUUUCGCAGUCAGGGACAGAUCCAAAUUGCAAUGCAGAAGGUGAACAAGAACAACAGGAAGAAGAACAAAUUCCCAGAACCCCCCACCCAACAAGACCCGAAAACAGACUCUGGUUCGCCAUGCUCGGUGCCCCAUUCAUUCCUAUCGGAUUAUUGUGGAUGGGCUGGACAGACUACGAAUGGAUCUCAAUCUGGUCCCCAAUCAUCGCCUCUGCAAUCUUCGGCUUCGGAACCAUAACCGUCUUCAUCUCCAGCUACAUGUACGUAAUCGACAGUUAUGACAUCUACGCGGCUUCAGCGUUAGGGUUCAUGACUGUCUCGCGGUAUUGUGCUGCGGGCGGGAUGACGGUUGUCGGGAUCCCGUUUUAUAAGAAUUUGGGCGUGCAGUAUACGCUUACCAUCUUGGCGUGUAUUAGUGCCCUUAUGACGCCUGUGCCGUAUGUUUUUUGGUAUUGGGGGGAGAGGAUUAGAGGGUGGUCGAGGUUUGCGGUUGAUUCUUAG